CACACACACACAGACGCACCCCCGACCCAGCGAGGAAGCAGGACGCGAGGUUGCACGCCAGGGUGAGGGUGAGCCUCCUGCUGGAAGUCGAAGUAGCAGGUUCCCACGAAGUCAGUUGGUGGACAUCGGGGCGUCUGUGAGCGGUUUCUCUUCCGAAGUCUCGUGAUGUCGCCAGAUCAUGAAGCGUUGAGUGAAGACGGUCAGGGGACAUGCUAAGAGUCUGGUGAUAAAGUUGCAUGGGAGAGUUGUGUGAUAAGAAAAGAAAAGAAAAAAAAUCCAAGCUACCCGAAAUAAGAUUCUUUCUUUUGAAUUGAUGCCUUUACCUCGUCGUCGAAACCUCACCUGUCCGAGAUGCCAGCUUCACUCUCGCUCGUUCACCUCGCGUUCGACUCCACCUUCGACGACUGGCCCUGAAGCAAGAGACGUCGAGGAGAAACCUGAAUCCACGAGGCAAGGCGUGAAGCUCGAAGCAACCCGCGUUUCGAACUGUGCGUCGUGGCUCGAAUUGUAUGUGAUCGUAACUCCUCCGAAAAUGUCGACGGGGGAUUACACUUCAUCCGGGCCUUCGAAGUGGGCGUGGCUGUGGGCGUGUUUGGUGCUCUUCGUCGUCCACAGCCCCUCUGCAACGGAAGCGAAAUUUAUUGAGGGCUACUUGAAGACAGCCGAAAAAUGGGCGUUCCUCACACGAUUUUGCUUCCUGUCCGACGAUGGUACGUUUUCCUUCGACGUGGAGUACGAUAUCGAAUACGCCAUGGAGAAGAUCCUACUGUACUACGACUCGCCUCAUCAGUGGCCCGCCGUGUACAAGAGUGAAAAGAAUUGCCAGGAACGAGAGGCGGUGAUGAAGCGGGAAAACAAUCAGUUCAUCAACUUGACUCUGGUGUCCAUCAACUCGGAGUGCGAGGUGAUACGUCAUCCCGGGGACAAGGCGACGUACCACUGCAAAGGCUCCAGGAGUUUCAGAAGCGUCAGGGAACGAUGGUGGUUCAUAGCCAUUAGCAACUGCGACAGUACCAGAGGACUGGAGCUCAGGUAUCGCUUUACCAUGACUAACGGCUACGACUACUGGCACAAACACUUUUCGGCCGAUGAAUUCUAUAUUUUAAGGACUGACUUGACGGCUCUCAUUCUACAGCUUGGCAUUCUCUUCCUGUCUCUUCUGGCAGCAUCCGAGCUCAAGAACCGCCAGCUGUUCCACUCGACGUACAGGCUGUACAUGACCGCCGUGGUGCUGCAGGUUAGCGGCCUGGCCUUCCUCAGCCUGCACUACGGGAGGUACGGCUACAACGGCGUCGGGUUGGAGAACUCGAAGUUGCUAGGUCGAGUUCUUCUCUCCAUCGGCACAGUCGUCAUGGUUCUGAUGCUGCUUCUGAUGGGCAAGGGUUUUAACAUCACCAGAGGGCGCUUGAGACAGGCAUCAGCUGUUCGACUUACCCUCUUCAUGUGUAUCUACAGCAUCACUUACACGACGCUGUUUAUCUACGAGCAGCUGAUCUUCGACCCCGGGGAGGUGCUCUAUCUGUACGAGUCUCCGGCAGGCUACGGGCUUAUUGUGCUUCGCCUCCUCGCCUGGUUCAUGUUCUGCUACAACUGCUUCUUCACCAUUAAGCACUACCCUGAGAAGUCGUCCUUUUUCAUUCCCUUCUACGCUUUUUACACGCUUUGGUUCAUCUCGGGCCCCAUAGUCAUCAUCAUCAGCAACCACGUGAUCGACAAGUGGGUGAGGGAGAAGGUGGUAAACGGCGUCGAACUCUCCAUCACUCUGCUGGGCCACGCCUUCUUCCUGUUCCUGACCCGCCCCAGCGCCGCCAACAAGAACUUCCCCUACCACGUGCGGACGUCCCAGAUCACCGCCCUUGAGCGCUCGACGACGGGUGUGGUCGGCAACAACACCCUCGACACCUUCUCGCGCCACGCCUACGCCCCUGACCUGUGUGACGGAGGCGGAGGAGGAGGAGGAGUGGGAGGCUUCGGCGAGGCGGAACCCAAGAAUUUCGCCGCGCCCGAUCUCUUCCUCGUCUCGGGCGCCGUGGAGAUGCGCCCGAUCCCUGCCCCGAAGAGCAUCGUCAAGCAAGACAAGAGCUUCCCGCACCACGCUCCAGGGGCGCCGCCUGCCGUCUUCCACGAGCCUGUGUCGCUCUCCUGACAGGGCUUCGAUCUC